UCCUUCUCCUCUUGUUUAUGAUUGCACUAUUUCCAAAUUCAAUCUAUUAUAUCUGGACUCUUCCUCUCAGCCUCGUCUUCACACGGCCGCCACCACCUGCAGACUCUACCACCCCCACCAUGUCUUGGUUCCAGAAGCAAAUCACACUACCAGCCCAAUCGCGUGGCUCAUAUCUCAUCACGGACCAGAUAGUGUCUGCGCUCCCAGAGAUUAAAGGCUACAAGGUUGGGCUGCUGAAUCUAUUCGUCCAACACACAAGCUGCGCCCUAAGCCUGAAUGAGAACUGGGAUGAGGAUGUGAGAGCCGACAUGAGCGAUGCUCUCGACCGCAUUGCGCCUGAUUUCGGGGGCAAAGGAGAGGCACUGUACCGACAUGAUGCUGAAGGCCCCGAUGAUAUGCCGGCCCAUAUCAAAUCAGCCCUCAUCGGUGCCAGUGUCACCGUUCCAAUUCAGAACGGCAAAUUGGCCACGGGAACAUGGCAGGGGAUCUGGUACUUGGAAUUCAGGGCAAGUAAACACCAGCGCCGCAUCGUGGCAACCAUUCAGGGAGAAAAGGCAUGAAGAGAGAGAGUCUAUUGUAACAUUGAAUUGGAAAUCCUUAUAUGUAUUAGACAACCUGUAGCUUCAAACAUGCAUACAUUGAAUUGUUUUACCUAUACGCCAAACACCAUCGCCAUGUCUCCUUUUUCCAAUAUGCUGUUCAUUUCAAUCAAUGUGUCCCAUUUUCCUCAACCAUAUCCGUAUCGUCUCCGGCCAGAACCUUGGUCUUGGGCACAUAUCCAUCGGGAGCACCUGAACCAGGGGUUGCAGCGACAACUUCGCCAUUCUCGUCAACAAACUCAAAGUUGUAGCGACUGAGGAUAUGAGGAAUGGCGGACAGCUGCGGUCCAUAUCUGGCGGUGUUGUCGUAAAGCUCGAAUAAAGGGACGGCUAAAAGCUUCAUAUUCUUUGGCACGCUUAGAACCUUGCUCUUCGGUAGCUGAAUGAAAUAGAAUUUUUUGCACUCCUUGGGCCGUGUGACGUGCGCAGGGACAAAUGGAUACAUGAAGGUCUCGAAGUUUGGCCUCCACCACUGCGCCAGGCACUCGCCAACCUCCCAGUCUCCAGCCUCUUCUCCCUCGCCCAGUCGGCCAACUGGCGCAAGUCUCUCGUCUAAUCGAGCUUUGAACCCCUCUACCUCGUCGUCUUCUGGCUUCAGGUAGUCUCCAGGGAGCUUGAAGAACGCGUUUGCGAUCUGCAGCAUGAGGAUGUGCGGGUGGUUGUGCUCGUGGCAUACCAGGAUGCCUUCGCAUGUUCGGCGCAUGCCAUGCUCGCUGAAAUGUUCUUCUAGACGCUUCAGACGGGCAAUUACAGACGGAUCUUCUUCUGGCUGUGUCUCUUUCACGCCGAACGUGUAGUUGGAUAGCGGAUAAAGCGUAACCUUCUCAGGCUGGUUGGCAUUGAACGACAAUGGGAUCGUGGGCGGAGACCCCGAUUGGAGGGCCGAGGCCGGGAUGGUUGACAUGUUUGAAGCUCGUCGCAAUGAAGGCUAGAGUGGAUUGAGCGAGCGUCCCUUGUGCUUCCUGCUCGAUGGCAUUCGGCAGAAGUUGU